AUGUCAGAUAUUGAGAAACCAACCACCGAUGAAAAUGGGCCGGAGUCUGAUGAGCCCAAAAGCCGAAAAGCCUUGAUUUUGAAGAUCGUAGCAGCCGUGGUUGUCGUCAUUGGACUCACCAUACUAUUCUUCUGGAUCGCAGUCAAUCCCAGAAAGAUGAAAUUCCACGUCACCGAAGCCUCCUUCACUCAGUUCAGUCUCUCUAAUGACAACACAAAUCUUCUGUACAACCUUCGCCUUUCAGUCACCGUACGUAACCCUAGCAAGAGGAUAGGCUUCCAGUACGACCUAGUCGAGACAGAAGCUUAUUACUACGGCGAGAAAUUCGACUCGGGGAAUCUUGUGUCGUUUUACCAACCCCCGAAGACCACGCGGGUUGUCGACACGUGGCUUUCGGGACAGGGAAAGGUGAGGUUAGAGUCGGAGGAGGUUGUGGAGUUUAAGGAGAGGAAUGGUAAUUCUGGGGUUUACCCUGUUGAUUUGAAGAUUCAUUUCUAUACUAGUGUGAGAUUGGGAAGCAUGAAUAUGGUAUUAAAGGUCUGUUCUAUAGGAGAAUACACAGUCAUAACAUUUGUAGACCUGGGAUAA